AUGGCGGCCGGCGGCGGCGCCGAGGAGAUAUGGGUGCCCGUCACCAUCCACCUGCCGAUGGGCAUCGCCAAGGGCUGGCACCCCGGCGCCUGCGGGCCGGCGACGUUCAUGUGCGGGCCGUACAUGAUCAUCCUGCUGGCGCAGCUGGGCCAGACGGUGCUGGUGCCGGUGCUUCCCUUCCUAGUGCGCGAGAUGGGCUACUCCCGCUCCGCCUACGGCGUCCUCCAGUCCGCCACCUGGAUGAGCCAGACGAUCCUCUCGCCGCUGCUCGGCGCGCUCUCCGACUCGCUCGGCCGGCGGAACGUCAUCUUCGUGUCGCUGCUGGUGUCUGCAGCGGGCUGCCUGCUGCUCGGCCUCUCCUCCUCCUACCCGAUGAUGCUCGCCGCGCGCGUCAUCACCGGAUCCGGCUUCCAGAUCGCCCUGUUCCGCGCGUACUUUGCUGACACUACCAGUAAGGACAAGCGGACGGGCAGCAAGCUGCCGCAUGAUGCUCGCCUCACCGACGCGCUGAGGCUGACGCAUGCCCGCGCUCUCAUCCUCGGCCCUCUCAUUGGCGGCGCCGUCUCGGAGUUUGCGCCGGCGCUGCUGCAAGGCGCGGGAUAUGGGGAGAGAUGGGGAGAGAUGGGGAGAUGCGCGACGGCGCUCGGCGGCAAGCGCGUGUGCGCGCUGGUCGCUUGCGCAAUCUUCAUCUCCGGGGCUCUAGUGUGCGCGCUCUGGCAGCCGGACGAGAAGUGCCUCGGCAGCUCCGACUCGGUGGUGAGGCUGAUCGAUUCUCGCCUCUCGCGGCAGUCGUCUUCGGCAAACCUCUCCAGGCAGCCCUCGGCAGCCAGCCCCACGCCCCCAGUGCAGAUGGAGCGGUCGACGGGCGAGGGCGGAAGCGGCGGCGGCGGAGGCGGCAAAGGUGGCGGAGGCAGCGGCGGCGGCGGCGGCGGCGGCGGCGGCGGCGGUGGUGGCGGCGGCGGCGGCGGUGGUGGUGGUGGUGGUGGAGGAGGAGGCACUGGCGUUGCGCAUCGACCCGGCGGCCACAAGUACGACCACGGCGUCAAGUACGUUCGCGUCGAGGCGCUAGUGCUAAGCUACCUCGCAAAGUUCAACGUGGUGCCGCUGCUCGCGCUCAACUUCUUCUUCCGCUUCGCCUUCGCGGCGUACAAGUCCAACUUCCCGUACCUGUCCAACUUCCCGUACCUGUGCGAGGAGGCGCUCGACUUUGGGCCAAAGGAGGUUGGGCUCGCCGUCUCUGCGAUGGGCGUGGGAGGCAUGUUCGUGCAGGGCGUGCUCGUGCGCGUCAUUAACGGGUCCCUGGGCGAGCAGCGCACGCUCGUGCUGGCCAUGGCAUGCACAUCGCUCGGCUACGCGGGCCUUGCGGCCGUCGCCUCGGUCGCCUCCCUCGUCCCCUGCCUCGGACUCAUCUCGCUGGGGUACGGGCUGGCCGUGCCGUGCAUCUCGACGCUCUUCUCGCACGUGCCGGUGGAGCAAGGGGUGAUGCAGGGCCUGGCCGGCUCCAUCGACCGGUUCGGGCAGGUCUUCGGGCCGGCGGCGGGCGGCGGGCCGCUGAUUCAUAGCUGGUUCCAGCGAGGAGCGACUCAUACGUGUAGGUCUUUGGGCCUGUGGUGGGCGGGCGGCUGCCUCGCGAUCGUCUCCGCCGUCUGCCUCUGCCUCGUCGUCGACGAAACUUCGGCGUGGGUGCGGCGGCGUGGCGCGUGCGGCGCGGCCGUCGACUGCGCGUGCGCGGCGCUGCUCUGCCAGUGGUCUCGGCUGCCGCUGUUUGGCCCUUCGUACACCGAGGUCCCGUCGGAGGAGGACGAGGAGGGCGGCGAGGGGACGGCGCUGCUGCAGGACUCGCAGCGGGAGGGCAGCGAGGGCGGAGGGUCGCCGCGCGCGUCUGCGAGGUGAGCGCGAGCACUGGCGGGGCGGGCGGCGGGCGGCUCGAUGUGCUGUUGGAGCGGCGCCCGGUGGACAUAUCGCUAGGGCGGGGGGGACCAUGUGACGUGUGUGUCAAUGACCACCGUGGAGAGCAGGGGGCUGGCAUGUCUUGAUGUUUUGGGGCGCGGGUUAUGC